AUGGCGCCCGUCGACCACUCGAAAUGGGACAACAUCGGCACGGAUUCCGAGCCUGAAGUGUCGCCUCGAGAAGCCAGGCCAGGCCCAUGCCCUACACCACAGCCGCCUGCACCCACUUCGACGACAACGUACGGCGCUGCAGAACCAAUUCAAGCCGUCAUCGUUUGGGGCGAUGUCGAGAAACGCGGACGCUCGCCUUGGUCCGUCACCAGAAUCGCCGCAGACCACCCAGCGUUUUCGACCACGGUGCCUCCCAUCCCAAGCCUCAUCGAAGUGCCGCUGGUCCUCCACCGCGAUGGCUUUUCAAUCGACGGGCCUUUGAACAGUGAUGGCGAGAUUGUUAUCUGGCACAGAGAUACACUCGCCCCGGGGAGGGAGGUGGGAAUGAUCCGGAUGAUUGGAGAGUGGUCAGGUCUCCUUAUGAAGUAUGAGACUUCUGUACGGCUGGACCAGCUGCCGCGUUGA